GUCCUACCUAGCCUCUUUUAUUGAAUAAACAUCACUUCUUCUUAACUCUGCACAUCAUAUUGAUAUAGGAGUAUUAUUCUUGAAAAGCAAGAGAAUAUGCAUUAAAUUAAUGUGAAAAACUCUUAUAUAACAGUAGAGAGGAAGAGGAGCUUGAUCGAUCUAUCUCCAUCGCCACAAACGUGAUGAAGAGGGUGGCAGAAUGGUACCCGGUCAUCGCGAUGGUAGCCAUUGACACGGCCUUUGCUGUCAGCAACAUUCUUCUCAAGAAGGUCGUUAACGAUGGGAUUGAUCAUUUAGUGUUCAUCACCUAUCGCCAGUCCGUUUCUGCGAUCUUUUUAUUCCCUUUGGCUUACUUCUUGGAAAGGGGAAGUAGGCCUAAGCUCACAUUCAGCAUAUUAUGCAACUUGUUCAUGAGUGCAGUGAUUGGGGCAUCUGUGACACAAUAUCUGUUCCUCCUCGGUAUAGAAUAUACGUCUGCGACCUUCUCAUGCGCCUUCCUCAACUUGGUUCCCGUCUUGACAUUUAUAAUGGCCUUGCCUUUCGGUUUGGAGAGGGUGAGUAUAAAAUGCAGCAGCGGGAGAGGCAAGGUGGCGGGCGCACUAGUGUGCGUUGGUGGUGCUGUCUUACUGACCGUCUACAAAGGGGUACCGUUGUUCCACUUCCCAGCCGUUGCUCAGCCAAUGGAACGACAUGUGUUGAUGCAUCCGGGCGUUGGGAGGGAGAGAUGGACGAUUGGCUCAGUUGCGUUGUUUGCAGGGACAAUCUGCUGGUCGUCUUGGUUCCUUCUCCAAUCGCAUAUAGGCAGGAGAUAUCCGUGCCAAUACUCCACCACCGCGAUCAUGGCCUUGUUCAGCGCCCUGCAGGCCGCCGUCUUGACUUUUUCUAUCGACAGGCGUCUCUCUGUUUGGGUCCUAGGGAACAAAUCCGACAUCUUAAUUGUCCUGUAUUCGGGGAUGAUAGGGUCGGGGAUGUGCUUUGUGGGCAUGUCGUGGUGUGUGAAGAAACGGGGGCCUGUGUUCACCGCGGCCUUCAGCCCGCUCGUGCAGAUAAUGGCAGCAUUGUACGACGUUCCGGUCAUGCACGAGCAGCUCCAUCUCGGAAGUGUGAUCGGAUCAGUUAUCGUUAUUGUGGGGUUGUAUGUUAUGCUGUGGGGGAAGGACAGAGAAAUGUCACACAAUCAACAAAAGUUGGUGGAGGGAAAUGAAGAGAUGAAGAUCUCUGUUCCAUGAAAGAAUUAAUUAUGAUUGCAACUUUUGUUAAUCUUUGUUAGUACAAUUUAUAAGACAUGAGCAAGAAUUUGCUUAAGUGUUGAUGAGAAAAAAGAUAAAAGGCCAAUCUUUGAUGGUUUUUGUGUAUCUAAUGCAAAGGUUCCCAAAUGAAGCAGAAUGCAUAAGUAUUUCAUGAAAGUUUUUUAGUAAUGAUAUCCCUAUUUGCUUGUGGCAA